CCGGGUGCCUCUGGUUCUUAGCUGGCGACUCGUCGCCAUUACUGUUUGUUUCGUCUAGCGGGUUUCUACGCUUAAACUUUUUGUUUCCCCCGUUCUCCUUUCCCAGGAGACCCGAUACCUCUCUCUCGGGACUCGGUCUCUCCCUCCUACCGGAGAAACUCCGUCUUAAGGGGUCGCGAUCCCUUCUGUAGCUUUUUUUUCCCUUCCAGUACUUCGGCGCUGCGCCGCUGUCUUUCCUCAGCAGCCCGAUAUUUUUAUUUUUUCUUCAUUCGUUUUGCUGUCAACAUGCUGUCGCCGUGAUGGAGCCUCCGUGUAUGAACACCAUGAGCCUGGGCCCUCGCCGCCUGAUCCCCCGCACUCGCAGCCUCCCGUUCUCCCCUUCCCUGUUCGCCUCUGUUGAUGCUAGAGAGCUCGGCCUGUGUCUCCCAGGAGCCCGGUCACAACCACCACCGCAACGCCAUGGAGAAAAACGCCAACAGCAAAGUGCCGCCCCGCUCCGGGUCUGCUGGGCCGGCCACCGGGGACUCUAAACCCAAAACAGAUGGAAAGAAUAGUAAUGGUUCAAAGCAGCGCUACACCCGCAAACGCGAUCCCUCCUACCCUAAAACAGAGAGCUUCUCGGGGCAGGCUCGCCGCCCCACCCCACAGAAAGGCAAGGCCUUCGACAAGAGACCCCCCCAGAGAGGAGGGGGCAACCGGCUGUAUGGAGGGGGGCGCCGAGAGGAGGUAGCAGAGGCUCAGCGGGCCGAGUUCAGCCCGGCCCAGUUCUCUGGACCCAAGAAGAUCAGCCUGAACCACCUGCUGAACUUCACCUUCGAGCCGCGCGGGCAUGGCGGGCCCGUCUCCGACGGGCAUGGGGGCUGGGGCCGGCGCAACAAGUGGGGGCACAAAGCGAAGCCCUUCAACAAGGAGCUCUUCCUGCAGGCAAACUGCCAGUUCGUGGUGUCUGAGGACCAGGACUACACUGCUCACUUCGCUGACCCAGACACCCUGGUCAGCUGGGACUCCGUACAGCAGGUGCGCAUCUACAGCCACGAGGUUCCCUCCUGCCCCAUCUGCCUGUACCCUCCCGUCGCUGCCAAGAUCACCUGCUGCGGACACAUCUUCUGCUGGGCCUGCAUCCUGCACUACCUGUCCCUUGGUGAGAAGACCUGGACCAAGUGUCCCAUCUGCUACGAGGCAGUCCACACCAGCAACCUAAAGAGUGUGGUGGCGAUGGAGACCCGGCAGUACCUGGCUGGAGACACCAUCACCAUGCAGCUGAUGCGUCGUGAGAAGGGGGUGCUGGUGGCUCUGCCCAGCCCCAGGUGGAUGAAGGUGGAGGAGCCUAUUCACCUUGGAGAUGACUUGCACAGCCAGUACUCGAAGCUGCUGCUGGCCUCACCCUCCCAGGUGCUGCAGCAGGUCGUGUGGGAGGAGAGGGCCUCUCUGCAGAGGCAGUACCUGGAAGAGCAGCACACCCCAGAGGCCUGCUUCAUCGAGGCUGCCCUGCAGGAGCUCAAGGAGCGCGAGGAAGCUUUGCUGAAGUCCUGGCCAGAGAAGGAGAUGACCGCCACUGAGGCCAAACUAGAAGCACUGACCGUGAGUGACCCUCCCUUGGCUGAAGUGACCUCUGAGGUGUGGACCAAUGCAACCCCAAACAGCAAGCCUGUGGUGCAGUACUCCUCUGCCUUUGACGAUGAGGUCAUUGACCCCGACCUGCUGGAGGAGGGGGCCUCGGACUGCUCCCCAGAGAGCGAGCCCGCCCUGGAACCCGAGUCUGAGCUGCACCAGGCCCCCGAGCCUCAGUCUGAGCCGGCACCGAGCACCAACACCACUGAGCGCGCUCAGACUGGCCAGCGCGAGACUGCCCUGAAGCCCACUGGGAAUGGACCAUACUACUACUUCUACCAGGCCGAGGAUGGUCAGCAGAUGUUCCUGCACCCCAUUAAUGUGCGCUGCCUAAUGCGCGAGUACGGCAGCCUGGAGAGGAGCCCCGAGAAAAUCAGUGCCACCGUGGUGGAAAUCGAGGGGCACUCCGUGAACGAGGAGGUGCGUCGCCGGCACCGCUACCUCUCCCACCUGCCUCUCACCUGUGAGUUCAGCAUCUGUGAGCUGGCUCUGCAGCCCCCCCUGCUGUCCAAGGAGACACUUGACGCCUUUGCAGAUGAUCUUGAGAAGAGGAGACACUUCCGUCAGAAGAAAGCGCGGGAAGAGAGACGCAGGGAGAGGAGGAUUGAGAUGGAGGAGAACCAGAAACAGGGGAGAUACCCCGAGGUGCACAUCGGCCUGGAGAACCUGCAGCACUUCCCUGCUUUCGGCUCCCCUCCUGCGGACGCUGCCGUCCCUCUGGGCCUCUCCCUCCACUCUGAGUCUGUCUCCCUGCUCUCCUCUCACACAGCACUCAGCUCCAGCCCUGCCUCUGACACAGUGAGCGUGGUGUUCCCCUGCCUGGGGGGCCCGAGCCCCCCUCCUUGUGUGGGGAGCCUGGAGGAUGACUCUCACUGCCUCUCCUUUGCUCAGAUGCUGCGUGACGGGAAGGCGAGGGCGGAUGGCUGGCCCAGGGUGACCCCAAAGAAAGCUGACCUGUUCCUGGCUCCCCCUGCUCCUGACAGCGACGGGGAGAGUGAUGGGUCUGACCGGGUCCCGGUUCCCAGCUUCCAGAACUCCUUCAGCCAGGCCUUCGAGGAGGCGCUGCUGCAGCUGGACAAGGGCCCGGGUCCACUGCCUGAACCGGCUCCGAGCGCUGGGAGGCAGGGAGGGGCACUGGGGCACAGUGCAGCAGAGGAGAAAGUGGGGAAGAAGAAAAAGAAGAAACAGAAGCUCCUGUUCAGCACGUCGAUGGUUCACAUGAAAUAGGAGGACUUCAGCCCAUCCGGCAAGCUGCUGCCUGCCCGAAACCAAUUAGAAUUAGCCAGCCAGCCACUCCCAAGUCAACCUGCUGAAAUCUCUUCAUUUACAUCUGCUAUUCGCAUCUCCAGCACAGAAGCACAGGGCUGUUCCACACACACACACACACACUGGGAAGAGGAGUGUGUCUGUGGAAUACCUUGAAAUAUUAUAUAAAAUAAUUGCAUAAAAAUAACAGGAAACAAAAGAUAUAUAAUAUUUUGUGGUUUUUUUUUAUAUCAAAUUUAUUUGUCAGUUUUUGUAUUCAGACUAGUCAGGUCUUUCUUUUUUUUUUUUUUUAGGUUUUCGCUGUGGAGUGAUUUUAGUUUAUAAUUAUUUCAUUUGUUUUAAUGAUGGGGAGUGGACAGUGUUGAGGUGAAGGACAGUCAGUCAGCUGUUAGUAUCGUCUCCACAGCUGUUCCAGGGUGUCCACUUUGCUGUGGACUCCCUGAUGCAAGCUGCCCCAUGGGGUGCCAGGCUGAGCUACGUUCACAGAGAAUCAGGUCAACCCAAACCUGGGUGGAGAGAGUCGUCUGUCUAUUCUGUACCCUCCUGUUUCCCUGCUGACCAGUCUAUGUAUUGCUCAGAUCUGAACCUUCUUCAAUUCAAGCAGUAUUGUUUCAGUGUAAUUCUGUGAAUCAGCUCAGUCUGGAGGUGAUAUUGCGCUAUGGAAGGGAGCAAGGCUCUGGCAUGAACUGUUGUCACAUGUUUGUAAAUUAGCAGCUGUUAAGAGCAGAUCCUGCCAUGCGAGAUGUUUCUGCUGGGGAGGAAACUCUGUAUUAAGCACGUUCUAUCUGGUGGAGUUGGCUUACUGCAAAGCCUGGAAUAAGCAUGGUGCUUUGGACCAUGUGGAGAUGUUUAGCAUGGCCAGGAAUAGAAAGCCCUAUGCUUUUGACAGCACUGUAGGUGAGCAGUGUACACUUGACACGUGCUGUCUGCAGCCAGGUGCUUGGGCACCUCCCCAGGUAUUUAUAGCUUGUGGUUCAAAUGUUAACUCGCUACUGAGGUUUAAACUAAAACGUGUGAGGGAUGAUCCGCGGCAGGUUUGGCUUCCCCUGUGUGUGUGUAAUCCCUGGUAUUCUCUGUUUUUGACCCAGUGGAGGCCCCAGCACACACGAGUCUCCAUUCUUCAAGCUUGAAUCACUGACUUUUUGCAGACCUGCCUGUUCUGUGUUGCAGCCAUCAUUUAACGUUUUCUACAGCUUGAUUUGUGGGUUUUUUUUUUUUAUUUCCCCCCCCCAUAUCUUCUAUUUUGGGUUAGACAAAAAAAAAAAGGUAUACUUUUGUCUCUUGUGAGAAAGUUUAAUCCAGCGGUUUGAUGGAAUAAAAGAAUACGCAGAAUCAAAGCCUUGGAGUGAUAUUUAAUUUAUUUGUAUUGUGUUUUUUUGGUGGUAUUGUUACUGAGCUAGCAGGGAAGUAAUCACUACCCACCUUCAUUCACUGAAAGCUGGUUUUGUCCAAUACAACUGGAUUGUGAUGAAAACCAGUAUUAGAUAUUUUGAUAAGUCUGGGUCUGGCCUGAACCGUGUUUGUUUGAGGGUAAAGAAAGCGUUUUCCUACACGUUGCUCCAGUUACAUCACAGACUUGUUCAGCGUAUUAAUAACCUCUUGUCACUUCGAGAUGAGAACUGUCUGAGUAAGAUCUUCGGUGGUCUGUGUACAGACAUGAUUCUGUGAUUCAGCAGGGCAGCUGCACACCAUCUGUUCUGACUUUGUUGGUAAACAUAAGAGAGUAAUGUCAUUUAUAUAACAUUGCAUCUUCUGGUCCAAAACAAAACUCUUUUUUCUUGUAUUUGCAUACAGUAAAUAAAUUCCUACAGUAUGUA